AGAGCCGGGCGGAAGCGGCGGCGGGUACUCGGGGCCGGGGAACCGGCGGGAGCCGAAGCGACUCGGUAACGGCAGCGGCGGCGGUAACGGCGGCUCCGGCGAUCCUCCGCGGCGGCCCCGCCCCCUCCUCCGGCCAGAACCAGCGCGAAAAAUCCGGCGCGCUGAUUGGCCGCCGCCGCUGCGCUGCCCCCGGAGCGGCUGUUUCAAAUCCCCCCGCACGGAGCCGCCCGCACGCGCGGCCCGGAGCGGCGCCCGCCGUGCGCGCGGGGCGGCGGGAGCGGCCGGGCCCGGCGGGGGCCGCGCUGCCGGCAGCGGGGAGGAAGAGGAGGGCGGGCCGGGUGCCAGGGGAGGGAAGGCCGCGCGGUGAGGUGGGGCCGAAGGCGGGAGCUGUGUGGGGCCCGGCCCAGGUGGGCGAGAGUGCGUCGAGGGCCCUGAGUGGUGUGGCUUUCCUCCCCCUCGGACACGGAGGCCCUUCCCGCACCACGGUGGUAAGCGGUCGUGGCAUGCUGUGUGGUGAAUGUGCCUUCCUCAGGUAACUUGGGAGAUCGCGCUUGUCUUAGUUGUACAUCCCUGAGGUUGGCAAACAAAAUGACUGUACACUUUAAAUAUUGCACUAGUGUUGCUCCUGUUUACGCAUACUCCAAAAAAGAUCACUACUGUUGUUGGACUAAAGGAUUGGAACGAACGUACUUUACUCUUAUGAGCUCUUCUGGCUCAUGGACGCCCCUGGCAGCCAUGGGUGUUUUAGGACCCAAAUAUCUCCCAGUUAGGUGGUGGCAUUCUUCACGUUCUCUUCAAGAUGACUCCAUAGUUGAAAAGUCCCUGAAGUCCUUAAAGGACAAAAACAAGAAGUUGGAAGAAGGGGGUCCUGUAUAUAGUCCAACAGAAGUGGAAGUUGUGAAAAAAUCUAUUGGACAGAGGAUUGUGGAUGAGCUGAAGCACUAUUACCAUGGUUUUCGAUUACUCUGGAUUGACACAAAAAUAGCUGCAAGGAUGCUUUGGCGAAUACUACAUGGAAAUACUCUGUCACGUCGAGAACGGAGACAGUUUCUUCGAAUAUGUGCUGAUCUCUUCCGCUUGGUUCCUUUCCUCGUUUUUCUCGUUGUCCCAUUUAUGGAGUUUCUGCUUCCAGUAGCUCUGAAGUUGUUCCCUAAUAUGCUUCCGUCUACAUUUGAGACAAAGUCUAAAAAGGAGGAAAGAUUGAAGAAACAACUGAGAGUAAAGCUUGAAUUAGCUAAAUUCCUUCAAGAUACAAUUGAGGAGAUGGCCUUAAAAAAUAAGGCAGCCAAAGGAAAUGUUACAAAAGAUUUUUCAACGUUCUUUCAAAAGAUCAGGGAGACUGGUGAAAGACCCAGUAAUGAGGAGAUCCUGAGGUUCUCAAAACUAUUUGAAGAUGAAUUGACUCUGGACAAUCUAACCAGGCCUCAGUUGGUGGCACUUUGUAAAUUGUUGGAACUUCAGUCAAUUGGGACGAAUAACUUUCUCCGCUUCCAGCUGACUAUGAGGUUGAGAACUAUAAAAGCAGAUGACAAAAUGAUUGCUGAAGAAGGAGUUGACAGCCUGACUGUUAAAGAACUGCAGGCAGCCUGUCGUGCACGAGGAAUGAGAGCCCUUGGUGUGACAGAAGAGCGCCUCAGGGAACAGCUUAAACAGUGGCUAGAUCUACACUUGAACCAGGAAAUCCCUACUUCAUUGCUCAUUUUAUCCAGAGCCAUGUAUCUUCCAGACACGCUUUCUCCAGCUGAUCAGCUCAAAACAACGCUUCAGACACUACCAGAGAGUGUUGCCAAAGAGGCUCAAGUCAAAGUGGCAGAAGUUGAAGGUGAAAAAGUAGAUAACAAAGCACGGCUGGAGGCAACGCUUCAGGAAGAAGCAGCCAUUAGAAAAGAAAAUGAGGAAAAAGAGAUGGAAAGAAUAACUGAAGCUGCAGAGAAAGCCAAAGAAACUCUUCAGGUUGCAGCCAUGAAAUUGGAAUCAGCAGUAGAUCUUGAGCCAGCUGUUCUGCAAGUUAAAGAAAGUCAGGUGGCUAUGGACAGCAAACAAGAGCUGGCAAAAGCAGAUAUGGAAACGUUGAAAGAUACAGCACCCGUACUGGAAGGCAUUAAGGGUGAGGAAAUAACUAAGGAGGAGAUUGACAUGCUGAGUGAUGCUUGCAACAAGCUGCAGGAACAGAAGAAAUCACUAACAAAGGAAAAGGAGGAGCUUGAGGAACUGAAGGGUGAUAUCCAGGAAUAUAAUGAGGAUUUGCAAGAAAUAAAGGAGCUUUCUAAAGCUGGCCAGGAAGAAGUAGUGGAAGAAUCAAAGGCGAGCAAGCGACUGACCAAAAGAGUGAACCGGAUGAUUGGUCAGAUAGACAAAAUUAUUAAUGAGUUAGAGACGAAUCAAAAGACGGUGGAUGUAAAGCUUGAUAGAGGUGACAGUCCUCCUGCUGGAUUGUGCUUCCUCUUUAGGGAGAAUCUCAUCAGUAUUGCUGAGCUAAUUAAUGCAAUGAAACAAAUCCAGAAGAUUCCAGAGGAGAAGCUAACGAGGAUUGCAGAGGCAUUAGAUGAAAACAAAGAUGGCAAAAUUGAUAUAGAUAAUGUUGUUAAGGUAGUAGAAUUGAUAGACAAAGAAGAUGUUGAUAUUGGCACCAGCCAGGUCGCUGAGAUUAUGGCACUGCUUCAAAAAGAAGAAAAACUGGAAGAAAAGGAGAAAGCAAAGGAAAAGCAAGAUAAAGAAGCUGCAGAAGUAAAGAAUUAAGCUUCAGAAUCUGAAGCAAAGCUCAACUGUAACCAAAACUGUGUAUAUCUUUGUGUCUAAUGACUACAUAUUACUGGAGCUUUUGUGAUUAUGGAAAGUGUUUUGAGCUGAUACUAGUAAUAAAUUAUAGAUAUGUUUUCUGACAUAUGGAAUGAAAUUUCCGUUCAUCAAAGAAGUGAUUUAUUGUCAUUCCAUACAGAUGAAAACAAAAUAUGCUGCUUCAGCAGUGUUCCUGCCCACAAAAUCAUGUAUUUGCACUCGUUGUGGUACAGUGAUCCAAAAAUGUUUUUAAUUUAUUUACUUUCAUCAUUACAUGGGGCCCAACCUUGCUCUGCUUGUACCUUCUAGCUUUUGCAGAAUUUAAUACAAAAUUUCCCUUCUCUCACGAUAUCUUUUGUAACCUGUUAGUGAAGAUUCUGUGGCUUCAGUAGUAGCUCUUCAGGUUGAGCUUUAUUUAAGCUGAAUAUCACCAAGCCGUUGCCUCACUGACAGAGAAUGUGACAUUCUGAUCACUUACAAAUUUGUUUUCUUUUGAAGGGAAAAUAGGAUUAAUUUUUCCCUAGAACUUGAAACUUCCCAUGAAGUUUGCUUCUUACGGGUGCCUUAAAUUAAGACCAGGGAGUAGAACAUGCCACUUCUACUCAGAGUUCCAUGAAUUACUAAAGCAUUGGAAUCACAGGAGCCUUUCACCUAGUUUCAGAACAGAUAAUGUGUUUGUCUAAAUAGCAAAAUGAAAUUAACUGUAAGGGGAAAAUGUCAGUUGUGAUCUCUUCACAUGUAUUUUUAAAAAAUGCAGUUAUGGAGGCAUGUUUGUUGUUAUUCACAUGACAGUUACUUACGCCAUAACUAGUUCUUACCUCUCAGUUGUCAUCUCCGGUGUGACAUCACUGACCAAGUACAUUCAAAGUACUUAAAUAGUUUCAUCUCACUGUGCAGUCAGCAAGUGAUUUCUGAAAUUGGCAGUGUUUUGAUUACAACUUUGGCUUUCUAAUCAAAUGAGUCUUCUGACUCAGUACUGACAGUAGGUUGAAGUUUACUCAUUUAUGUCUGUCCUUAGUAGUAAUUUUUUAAGAUUUAAAACUGGUAUGCCACCUGUAGGAUGUUCAUAAUUCCUGAUAGCCUGAAUUUCCCUGAUUCUUACAAUUGGUGAUAAAAUACAAGAGGUAUGACUUGACCCCCUGUUUUUUCUAUUUUGCAUCCAGUUAAAUAACAUGAACAUUCUUGAUUUUGUGUACACUGUAGAGAACACAUCUUAUGAUGGUGCUGUUCACGGCCAUGUUGAGGGGGGCAGUUAGUAAUUAGGUCUUUUGAUAGUAGUUGUGUAUUUUCAUAGAAAAUAUUGACUCCCAAGUGUAUUUCAGCAUAAAUCUACAUUUGGUAUUUAGCCAAACUAGAUAAAUUGUAAAAAUGCAUUUGAAGUUAGUGGAACAAAAAACAUUUGGGCAGUCUCAGGGCCUUGCGUAGUCAUGUUAUCAUAGAAUGGCUUGAGUUGGAAGGGACCUCAAAGACCCUCCAGUUCCAACCUCUUGCUGUGAACUGGUUGUCCCCCACCAGAUCAGGCUGGCCAGGACCCCUUCCAACCUGACUUUGAAUGGAGUUUUUGGAUUUGGCAAUAAUCCCUUAAUGGUAUUGUAACAUCCAUAAUAGGUGAUUUGGUAUACAGUGACUCCCUGUACUGAAAUGCCAAAACUUUGGUACAGUCCAGGAAGUCCAUCUGCCAUGGCAAUUUUAACAGUACAGUCACCACGUUCCUGGAGCUGUUGCUCAGCAGCAUCUUUCAAAUGACUGUGGGUAACAAAGUUUGCCCAAAGUCUAAUGGAUAUUCUAAACGCUGGGAUGUUGCUCCUGUAGCUCUAACAGAAGCCAGAUUUGACAAAAACUUUAUCCAGAACUGCUUAUCCACUUUGGACGUGAGAAUCCCCUUUCUAUAAAAGCAACGUUUAGAAGCCUGUAUUUAAAAAUAUGGAAUAACAUUUGACAAAUGGCCAUGCCAGAAGCUGAAAAAUCCUUGCUCCCUGGGGACGCACAAAAAGCAGUAGAUCAUGCCCUUGUACUGCUGAUCCACCCAGGUCUGUUUGGACAAGGCAGUAGCAACUCCAUCUGCUCCAUGGGCACCAUGGCCAUCUUGGAGAUAAUGGACCAUUGUAUUUAGUUGUUUCCAAAGCAGGAUGUACAGUAGUAUGUAUAAUACAACUUUAGACAACAGUCAGUGUUAAGUUUAAGUAUGUCUUGGGUUAAUAUUCUGUACAUUUUGAAAGGUUGCUUUCAGUAAGUGAUGUGACCUGAUCUUCCUGAGUAUUACUGUAAUUAUAGAAUCAUAGAAUUCUUUGAGUGGAAGGGACCUUUAAAGGCCGUCUUGUCCAACUCCUCUACACUGAUCAGAGACAGCUACAGCCUGACCAGGUGCUCGGAGUCCCGUCCAGCUUGACCUUGAGUGUCUUUGGGGAUGGGGUAUCCACCACCUCUCUGGGCAGCCUUUGCCAGUGCAAGAGUCUGUCCCCUUAUUGCCCUCAUUUAGAUAAUGCAAAUGCUGCUAUCAGAUGUCCCCGGAGCCUCUCCAAGCUGAAGAGCCUCAGCUCUCUCAGUUAUCUCUUAGGGGAGGUGUUCCAUGCCUUGAAACAUCAUUAUUUUGUGUAAAACUGCUUUGACAAAGCUGACAUUUCAAAUUGAUAGGAGCUUUUCAAUUAAUGUACCCCUAAACAAACAAGUUGUUCUCUUUCUUCUAAAAUGAGAUUUCAGCAUGAAAGUCAGUUUAUGAAUUUUGAAGACAGGACUUCACUCGGUGCCUUUUGAGGCUAAAAUUUUUCGUAGCUGAAAGUGCAUGAAGAAAACUAAUGUCACAAUGCAAAUUUAAAACUUCUAACUGGUAUAAAUUAACAGGUUGGAAUUAAUGGACUUUGAAGUACACUACAUUUUCCAUUUGCAUAUUUUCCAUUUGCGAGCAGCACGUAACAAUCUUACUUAACAUUCCUGAAAUGUCAUCGAGUUAUUCUAACUAAAAUGACUGAAAUGGUCUGCUAGCUUUCAUUCAGUAGCAAAAGUUGAAGAAUGGUGUGGACUUGAAUGCGUACAAGUUUAAACAGGGAAGCAGCAGAUCAAGCUGUUCUCAAAGCUUUACAGAUUUAAGUUUCAUGCAGCUUUAAUUCACCUGGCAUUACGUUAUCUGAAUGUAGUGUUCAGGAGUUCAGGACACAUUGUUGCUUGUCUUGUCUUGUGUUUGCCAUUCACUUACAUCUUCUGUGGAUUAAAUAAGAAGGGAGCCAUAAGUAGCCAAUUCUUCCUUUAUAAAGAAUGUACAGGUUAAAGUAAUUGUGGUAUUCCUAUUAAACAUUUUUAGCUUUUGGACUGGUUUGAAAUUUGGCAUACUGUGAAAUUUUAAUUGUGUCCAUUUAAAUGCAUUGUUUUCAGACACAAAUGUCAGGUUUCCCCUGUUAUCUAAAGAGUUGAAGUGAUGUGCCCGUCAACCACAGUGAGGCGUUUUGCAGGACAUCUCUCUUCUCAUGCUCUGACGUUGCAAGGAGGCAAACCCAUGGCAUCAAGACUUUAACAGCCGUUCUGCAAGCUUCAAAAGCUGAGGAAGCCCUUGGUGACUGAUGCUUACCUGGUUUUGAACCUUAACAAGCAGCUCCAUACGGGUGAGUCAGGCAAUGUGAGCAGGUCGUGGCUUGUGGACUGGCUUCAGGUAACCUGCUUUGUCUUUCGUGUUGACCAAAAACCCAGAAGCCACAGUACUUUCAGAGAAAGGAUGACUUCCAAGUGUACAGUAACUGGUCAGAACUUAUUCCUGAAUGAAUAUUUAAUCAGGAGAUGUAAAUAUUUGUUUAAAUAAUUAAAAGAUGUACGAGAUUUGUGUGAUGUUGUGACUUACACUGGCAAAGCCUCUAAGCUCAGAGUUGGGUUAUCAGUAAAGCCAUUGUUGGAGUUGUUGGAGAUUCAUGUGGGGUCAAAGCUUGAUUAUAAUCUAUCCAAAGGGAGAAAUUAAAACGUAAUAAAAAAGUCAUACGAACAGUUUAAAAUAGCAGCAGGAGGGAAGUAAAGUAUGAUUUCUUCCCCACCAAAACAGGUCGUAGGGCCUAUUUUAUUGAAGCAUUUAUUUCCAACUUACGUCAUCUCAAAAGAUGGUUUUUACUGAGAUUUGAGUAAGUCUGCCUGCAAGUUAAGUACCAGGAAACCAAUUUAAUAGGUGGUUUGUCAGCAGGACUGCAUGCAGAUUGAGAAUGCUCUCCUGACAAGAUGGUGAAUUGCACUAUAGGCUUUGUCUGGGGGAAGAAACUGUACCUUUUAUACAACUCCAGAGUACUUCUUGAACUUCUUGUCUGCAUAUCUUGCCAAUCAUUUGAACUUUAGCUUCUUCAGCACGUAUUUAAAUCCUUUCAAAUCGUUUAUACGAAAUUAAUGGGUGUAUUUAAUUAAAAGAAUGAUCCAAUAUUCUGUUCUUUAUAUGUAUUCCAAAGUUUACUUCGGGGUUUAAGAAUUUCAGCCCACGUUAAGAACUGUCUGUGCUCUGAGCAUACUGGUCCUGUGUUUGCCAUAAUGCAAUAUAAAAUUUUUAAGUUAAUUGGAGCUUGUGUCCUUUGUUUAGUUUUAAUAAAUGUAUCAUUUUGAA